AGAAUCGUAAGAAAUGGUAUCUCUCUAGAAUUUGUAAUGAAUUUUUUAGGGUUGCUGAAAAGAAUUAUUUUCGUGAGUUCCCAGGGGUAUUGAGAAGAUGUCGAGGCGUGGGUCAUUGACUGGCGUCCUUUGUGACUUCAAAAUCAUCGAUGGCAUUUUCUCAAUCUAAAAUCUAUUCAAUCCCUCUCUCUCUCUAGCCUCAUCAUCAUCCGUUACUAAUGAUUCAGCGUAUAUUUUCGAGGAGAGAGGAAGUUGGGUUUUGUUGCAGUGUAAAUGCUUGGGUGGAUCAGAAGGUUCUAGAGAGAGGAUCGCCAGAAUAAGUUGGGUUUUUCGAGAGAGAGAGCUUUUUGUUGGAUCUAGAGUUUUUUGGAGAGAGGAUCUCUUGGAAAGGUUGGACUUUUCAGAUUCAAGUGUUUGAGAAAGAGAAUCACGAGAAAGAGUCCCAGUUUUUCAGGACUUUCUGCAAAAAAAAUCGGCUUUUAGUAAGAGAAUCACAAGAACAGUUGCUUUUCCCGGAAAGUUUGAUACAAGCCAGGGAGAGACCACAAAUUGAAUUGUGUUUCCACUGUAAUCUCAGACAAUCAGAAGUAUAAAAAGUUUCAGAGAUAAAUUAGUAGACACCCUCUAUUAUCAUCGGAAGCUUCAGAGGAGAUUUUUAUUUAUUAAUUUUUUUUUUUUCUGAAAACUUCAAGGAACUUAAUUAUGAUAGAAAAUAGUGAGUUGGGUCCUUGAAAUUCUUGAGAUAGAAGAAAACCAACAUUUGAAAUUUGGGUUUCUUUUCUUUUAUUGUCGGGCUUUGGAAUUUUGUUAUUUUCAUUGAUGGCUGGAGGGCAAGAGCAGUUCGAGAUCAAGUUCAGGCUUUUUGAUGGAUCAGAUAUUGGCCCUAAAAAGUACCCAGCUGCUACAAGUGUUGCCACCAUUAAGGAAAACAUUAUUGCUCAAUGGCCCAAAGAUAAGGAAAAUGGUCCAAGGACUGUUAGUGAUGUCAAGCUAAUCAAUGCUGGAAGGAUAUUGGAGAAUAACAGAACCUUGGGAGAGUGUAGGAGUCCCAUAUGUGAUUUUCCUGGUGGGGUCACGACAAUGCAUGUUGUAGUUAAACCCCCUUCCUCAGAAAAGGGCAACGAAAAGCAACGGACAAAUCAGAGCAAGGACCCAAAAUGCUUGUGUGUAAUCUUGUAACAGAGGCCUUUAAUGGGUGGAAAUGAGGGAUUUGCAGGACUCAAUUAUACGCAAUCUGCUGAUGCAGAACGUUUAUGAUUUCUCGAUCAACUAUACACCAAGGUAUACGAUACACUCCCACAUUUUGCAGGUUUCAUGGAGGUGAUUGGUUUCAUAGAAUGGUCAUUGUGGUUCUCUUUCAUGAUUUGUAUUUUUUUGGUAUAUCUGUACAUGCAUAAUUGGCCAAUAGUGAUUCUUCCAUCAAAUGAAACUUCUGCUAUCGGGUUUCGUUUAGAUUAAAGGACAAUGCUUAGUCAUUCCUUUUAUUCAUUCUCUUUCUCCAGGUGAAUCAUGUUAUACGGUUUCCACCAUAAUCUAUUUGAUUACUGAACUGUGGAUAUGGAAAUGAUUGUAAGGAAUCCAUGAAGUUUGUACAGUUUAUCCAAACAAGAGAUUUGAGGAAUC